UGGUUACACUGACCGUGAAUGAAAAGCAGAGAUGAGAAAAGAUAAAUGUAGAAUCGUGAUACCGGUACUAGCCUUGUGCUUCCUUCUUCAGUAUGCAUUUUACCACAUCUGGUUUAUUGAUCUAAACCAAUCAUACGAUUUCAAGACGAGCCGCCCGGAAUUAAAGUUCAUCGUACCAGAAAGAGAUAGUACAAGCAAAGCGGCUAAUCAAAAGUCUAGCAAUUCAAAAAGUGCUGUAAAACAAACAGAUGUCAAAUCUAGGUACAAUAUUGUAUUUUAUAACAUGCCCUCUUGGAUGUCAAUGGAAUUUAAAACUUUGGAUUCCUCUAAAUGUCCACAUCAUGCAUUGAAACACAAAUGUUCUGUGUACCUUAAGAACAGCUACUAUAAUUCUUCAAAGAGUGUUAUCUUCUAUGGAGAAAACCUACCCGCACAAGUUCCAAACAGACGAAAGGGACAAAUGUGGACAUUCUUUUCAAUUGAGUCUCCAUUUCUGUAUUCUGUACCCCAACAAUGGAAGGAUAAAUUCAAUUGGACAUUGACAUAUAGAAGGGAUUCUGAUUUCUCUUACUUUUAUGGAAAGGUAGGUAAAAGACAGGUUCCUCUGACACGAAAUUACUCAGAAAUAUUUCGAAAAAAGAAGGAGACUGUUGCCUGGGCAGUCAGUAAUUGUAAAACGUCUUCAAAACGGGAAGACUACAUCAAAAAACUUAAGGAAUAUAUUAAUGUUGAUGUAUAUGGACCAUGCGGGAAGCUCAAAUGUGGCAGAAGUUCGGCCAGGGUUACCGAUUGUCACAAAAAAUUCGCGGAAGAAUACAAGUUCUACCUUGCUGUUGAGAACUCAGUAUGUAAAGAUUAUACAACUGAAAAGUUGUUCAACUUUUUCAAUCAUAACCUGACAAUGAUACCCAUUGUUAAUGGACCUCAAAAUGUUCAUGAGUAUAUCCCAGAUGGAACAUAUAUAAACAUUCUUGAUUAUUCUUCGCCUUCAGAAUUAGCGAAGGAUCUCCGCAGGAUUGGAUCAAACGAAACACUUUACUCUCAAUAUCUACGAGAAAAGGACAAAUAUCAGGGUGACAGGUUUUCCUGGGAGGGAGUUUUAUGUCCAAUGUGUGCUAGACUACAAGAUAGUAGACAGACUGCACCUAUUUCUGAUAUUCAUUCUUGGAUAUGGAACGAUACGUGCAUCAAACCGUCAUGAAAGAUUCGUUUGCCAAUUAGAAAAUUUAUUUAUCUACUUUUUUUCUGAUAUAUGUGGAUUUAUUUCUAAAGAGUGUUCAAUAUCACAACUGUACAUACAAUAAUUCAAUAAAUCGCUUUGAAGUGUUGAUGGAGGAAUUUCUAAGUUUGGUUGAAUAUUACGUCUACCAGAUCUAUACGGACUUGACCGGUCGACAGAGGAUGUUCAUUCCUGUGAGGCAUCUGAUCCUACUUCCGUAAUUUCCGGGGGUCCGUGCACUGUUUAAAGAUUUGUUUUAUUCGUAGUUAUUUUUCCAAACCCUUAAUUAAAUUGGAAUCACUUUUAUCCAGUAAAUGUUCAACCAA